ACUUGCAUGGCAAUUCACCAACUCAAGGGUCAGACAAGAGAAGAGUAGCUUAUGGACUUCCCUUCUGCAGCUUAGGCAUAGCCGAAAAUGCAAACCUCAGGAUAUCAAUUCUCACCAAGUAGUGUUCCUUCAUGUAGGAAAACAAUGACAGGGAAUGUAGUGCCUAAUGAUUUCACCUUGGUAAUGCAGGAGUUUUCACAACUUGUUUUACAGAUAAAUGGGUGGAUGGCAACAACUAGAGUGCUUCUGCUAAGAACAGACUACAGACAGAAGCAUCUUUGUUCUUCGACAUCAGUAAUGCCACAGAUUCACUUGCCACAACAAACUCAAAGGAUUGCAGGGAAGCAGAUCACUCCUUGCCAAUUGCCAUGUCCUGCUGCAGUCUUAGUCAUGAACACUAGAUGGUCUCUUUUGGUCAUGUCCACAUAGAAAUACUUUUGAAUUAUGGAUACUGAUCCUUAGAUUGAAUGAGAUUAAGGUGCUAAUUACCAUGCUUUCUUAUAGACCAAGUAGUGGGAGUCCAAGACUGAAUACAAUAAUUUCUUAUCG